GGUUAUCUCCAAGAAAAAACGAAGAUAAGGCAGAAAAAAGAAUGGCAACUAGUUCUUCUUCUUCACUCACAGUUCUCUUAUCAAAUCCAAUUCCCAAAAUCAGCUCUCACAAAUUCAAACUCAAUAAUCAGCUUUUGAACCAGAAAACCCUCAUAUUUAACAACUGUACUCAGAGAUCAGUGAGAGUAAAAGCAGCUGGAUUGUCUCAAAUAGAGCCUGAUCUCAAUGAAGAUCCUACUGAUCGUUGGGCCACUCCGAGUAUCGAUCCUGAAGAUUUUAAAUAUGGAGAAUAUGAUGGGCAUCAUACUUACUCUGAAGGCCAGGAAAAAAGAACAGCUUGGGAAUUAGUUGUAGCAGACUAUGAAGCAGUAGAGCCUCCAACAGGUUUUCAAGGACUUAUCUCGUGGCUCUUCCUUCCAGCAGUUGCAGCUGCAAUGUACUUCGAUGCACCGGGGGAGUAUUUGUUCAUAGGAGCAGGAUUAUUCGUAAUCAUAUUUUGCAUUAUAGAGAUGGAUAAGCCGGACAAGCCUCACAAUUUUGAACCUCAGAUUUAUAAUAUGGAGAGAACAGCUCGUGACAAGCUAAUAAACGAGUAUAAUUCAAUGAAUAAAUGGGAGUUCAAUGAGAAAUAUGGUGAUCUUUGGGAUUUCACUAUUCCGAAGACUAGAGAUGAUAUAAUGAAGAGAUAAUUAGUCACCUUCAUAGCCAAUUAUUAUUAUAGUUUUUGUAAAUUCAAAUUUGAUAUUCUAAAAGGAAUGUGCAUAUAAUUUUUAUAUUUA